AAGCAUUUAACAGUAUUCCACGGACAAUGACACUUGGGCUGUCUGAGGGCUGAGCGCCGCAGAGAGAUCGGGGGGGAACCGUUCUGAACCUGCCAAAGCGGAGACCGCCGAGGAUACGGACGUUUGGGUACCGACCAAACAGAAAACUUCAAAGAGGGUGGCUUUGAAGAAAACAUGUAUCUGCGUUUGACGUCAACUUGGGACGUUACUCAGCCUUCAGGAGACCGGUGGUAUUGCCUCUUAGCUCAAAGACUGAUUGCAACUGCGGAAUGUAUGUUGACGAUCGCUGUUGGCAACUGAGGCGAGAAAUUUCCAUUGAAGGAUCGGGACUGUUCCGGUUGCCUGUGAAUAGUUGGGCUGUCCUGAAACGAGGCUGACGGAGCAAACAUGGAUGUGUUUGGUGGUGCACCGCGCUUCCUGGCCUAUCCCAGACCGGUGGUGGUGCAGAGCGGAGCCGAUGCGGUCCUGAAGUGUCAGAUCGGUGGUGAUCCCAGACCUGCGGUUUUAUGGGAGAGGAACAAUGAAAAGAUCGACCUGCAAGGACGAUACAGAGUCUUUGAGGAUGGAAACGUUUACAACCUGAUCAUACCUGCAGUGGCCAUAGAGGAUAGCGGUCAGUACAUAUGCAAAGCCAAAAACAGCAUUGGCGAAACAUACGCAGCUGCCACACUGAAGGUGGAGGGUGAGGCGCAAGAGAUAGAGUUAAGAGAGGAGAACAAACCACGAUUCCUCAUCAAACCCUUAUCCACUCGUGUUGGACGCGGAGAAGACGCAGUCUUCUCCUGUAAGCUCUGGGGGAACCCGCGACCCGAAGUUACCUGGGAGAAGGACGGCAGGAAACUCAGCGAAAUAUUUGAAAGCACUCACUACAGUGUGAGUUACCAGGAUGGCGGCUGGUUCCAGCUCAAGAUCUCUAAGACUCGUGCGCCGGAUGGCGGCGUAUACACAUGUAAGGCGCGGAACGAGUCCGGGGAAGCACUGGCAGGAGCCGUGCUGCUUGUCGACGCGGGCCCCGGACACGAGGACGACGGGAACCGGAACGGCUACGCCAACGGCCACAGGAAAGCUCAUCAAGGAAAGCACAGGAGCAGCAGGCAGCUGUCCAAUCAACACAAAGACGAAACGACGACCAUGUCGACCAGGGUGAAGAUGUUUGCCGUGACAGAGGGCAAACAUGCAAAAUUCCGUUGUUUUGUGACUGGAAAACCCAAACCCGAAAUCAUUUGGAGAAAGGAUGGACGACUCAUACUAUCUGGAAGGCGUUAUUUGUUAUACGAAGAUAGAGAAGGAUACUUUACACUCAAGGUUCGGUACUGCAAGCAGAAGGAUAACGGAGUCUACGUUUGUGCGGCGUCCAAUACAGCGGGCCAAACCCUCAGUGCAGUGCACCUCGCAGUAAAGGAGCCUCUUGUGCGGUUCAAACAGCCCCUCAUUGAUCUCGAAGUAUGGGAGCAGGACUUGGCUGUUUUGGAGUGCGAAGUUCCAGAAGACUCCGUUCCAAUCACAUGGUAUCUGGAGGAUCGACGACUACAGCCAGGAGCCAAAUAUGGAAUGGAGGAGUGGGGAACAAAACGCCGACUAACGAUCCGUGACAUCGGAGUAGAUGAUGACGGGAUUUAUCUUUGUGAGAUGCCUGAUGGUGGGAGAAGCAUUGCUGAGGUAGCAGUGAAAGGUCCAAUUUUGCGGAAGCUUCCAAGGAAAGUGGAUGUUUUGGAAGGGGAAAAUGCAGCUUUUUGCGUUGAGGUGGAAAAAGAAGAGAUGGAUAUACACUGGUACAAAGAUGGUGUUGAGCUGCGUGAAACACAUCAGACCAUCCUGAAAUCCUUUGGCCGAACUCAUAUUCUUGUCUUUGUUAAUACGAUGCCCAAAGAUUCCGGCCAUGUGAUAUUUUUGGUUGGCAGAUCUAAGACUUCCUCUCAACUAAGAGUGAAGGCGGCCAAAAACUGUCCUCCGAGUUGCCCAGUUGGAGUCCAGAUCAAUACAGAACGGGCAAACGCAGCACUCCUCUCAUGGACUCCAGCUCAGGACUCACGGAAGAACCCUCCAUCAGGCUAUGUAUUGGAGCGACAGGAAGUUGGUACCGGUUCACAGGAGUGGCUACAGUGUCUCACCACUGACUCAGCUACCUCAGUGGAGAUCCUUGGAGAUAGUGUGCCAUGUGAAGCCGAUUAUCGAUUUCGUAUUUGUAGUGUCAACAAAUAUGGAAAGAGCAACAACGUGGAGUUCCCCAGAGCAGUUCACUUGGUUCCAGUAGCCAGAAUACAAGCCCCCUUGCAGGACGCACUGGUGCCAGAAGGACAAGACGCAGUCUUUUCUAUUGAGUUAUCUGCUUCUGUUAUUGGAUCGUGGUUUUUAAAUGGUACACAACUUCAGGAUGAUGAACGUUUUUCCAUGCGUCGCUCGAGAACACAUCAGUCUCUUCGGAUUCAAGGAGUUCGAGACACAGAAAAUGGAGCCGAAAUAACAUUUAUUGCGUAUGGCAUUCGGGAUUCAGCAGCACUGUAUAUUCAAGCUCCUCUCGUCAAGUUUUCACCAAUGUCAGAAAUGGAUCGAAACAAAUUUGUAGAAAUUGGGAACCCGAUCGUGCUCUACUGUGAGCUCUCAGAUCCUGUAACUCCAGUGAAUUGGUAUAAGAAUGGGGCCGAAUUACAAACAACAGACGGUCUUCAUAUCCAAUCGGAGGGUACCAUGAGGAGAAUUGUCAUUCAGUCAGCAGAAUUCUCACAUUCAGGAGUGUAUUGCUGUGAUGCCAUCGAUGACGUCAUCAGGUUCAAUGUGGAAGUAGAGGCUCCAUCUGGGAGGUUUUCAGCAAUUCCUGAAGCCGAGAGGAACAAAACCAUCUACGCCGGCAGCCCUAUUAUUUUACAAUGUGAGCUGUCGGACCAGGAUGCCCAGGUGCACUGGUACAAAGAUGGGGCAAAGAUCUUUCCUCAAAGUGGAGUAGAUAUUCAAACCGAUGGCUUGGUGAGGAAGUUGGUUAUUCCAUCAGCUGACUUUUACCACACGGGGUUGUACUGCUGCAAGACAAAGGGUGACGCUGUCACAUUCAGUCUGAACAUCAAAGCUCCACCUGUGAAGUUCUGCACAAUUGCUGAAGAGAUGAAGACAAAACAGACUGAAGCAAGGAGUCCUGUUGUACUCCAGUGUGAGGUUUCUGAUCCUGUUUGCUGGUUCAAGGAUGAAACACAACUCAUUGCAGACUCAGAUUUAGAAAUCCCUUCAGAAGAAAACACAAAGACAUUAGUUGUUCAGUCUACAGAGCUGGGCCACUCUGGUGCGUAUCGACGUACAACCAAAGAUGACACCACGGACUUUCAAGUGGAGAUAAAAGCCGUGCCAGUGAUGUCAUGCACUGAUGUUGACGUUGAGAGAACCAAGUCCUUCAAAAUGGGCGAACCUUUGGGGCUGGAAAGUGAGAUUGCAGACUCCACUUUUCCUGCACAAUGCUGUACAGAUGGCAUACAGCUCUUCCCACAUGAAGAGUUGGACAUACCAAGUAAUGGCACAUUAGGCCAACUCAUUGUCCCUGCAGAACUUGGACAUUCAGAGCAGUACAACUGUGAUGACCCUCUCCCUGUCAAUGUGGAUAUUCGAGCUCCAACGGUGCCAGUGUCACCCUCACCGAAGUGUAUGGAGACACAAUCACUUGAGGCACCUUGUCCCAGUGAGCAAUCGUUUGAGAUUUCAAACCCUGUUGGGCAGGUGUCACUGCAGAAGGCUGAAGUGACAAACUUAAGUUUGGAACAAGAAGCCAACAAGAAGACUCUUGUCAUUGAACCAACUCAUCCUUCAAAUUCUGGAUCAUACUAUCUUGCAACAGCAGAUGAUGUUGCUCCAUUAGUUGUAAACAAUCAAGUUCCAGCUGUGACAAAUGGCCUAGAUGUCCAGAGAGCUGAGUCUACUGAAGUGCCUUGCCCAAUUGUUCAACAAUUUGAGAUUUCCGAUCCCGUUGCCAAAGCUUGUUGGUACAAAGACGGAACCCCAGUCCACGCAAAAAUGGAUACGAUUUCCGAACCUAAGAGCAGCGUCCAAGUCUUUCCAUCUCCAGUCAUAUUUGACUUGCCUGGUGAUGCAAGUUUUAGCUGUGAAACAUCUGGCGCUCCGUUAAAUGAGGAAACAAAAGCAAAGCAGUGUCACUAUGGGGAUGAAAUUGAUGAGGUUUCUGACGCAUCAGUCCAAAUCACUGCGGAUGUCAAAGCUACACUGCCAAGGUUUGCCUCUGAACAAGAGCAGAAGGAAGGAGCUUGUUUUGAGGACUGCCUUUUCCCAAAGUCCAAGUCCGGCAUUUUCAACAAGAGUGGAAAUACCAGGACAUAUGAAGAACAUUCCAGCCACAAGACAACACUGUCAAAUCCUGAAAAUAUCCCCAGCCCGAUUUUAACAAAAGAUCAAAAAGAGCUUAACAACCAACAAGCAGUAAAUACCAAAUCUCCAUCUAACUGCAACUUAAUAAAGCCAUCUAUCACGAAAUGUGACAUGUACUACCAAACUAAACAUCUCACAGAAUCCCAAGGAGAGAAAUCAUUUUUCCACACACAGGUACCAGAAGAGACACCCAUUUCUGAACAGCUUAUGGCUUCCUUGCAACCAGUUGCCCCAUCAGAUGUUGGUAGUUUUCAACAGAGAACAUGUGUUGAAUCAAAGGAAUAUAAGCUCAAGACUGAAACUGCCCAAUUAGAAGAGCAUAAUAGCUCAGCACAGAUGGCUGUCCUGUCAGAAUUAGGCCACAAGCAAAAGAUUUCAAAUCCUAAAUCAAGGCAUUUUAUUAAGGAUUUAAAGCCUGCAGCUGUUCCAUUAGACAGGUUCAGUCAGUCUGAAAAAAUCCCCCACCCUGAGAAACGUUAUAGCUCCACAACCGUUCAAGCAGAGGAGCUCUGCAAUUCCACAGAAAGGCCAGUCAUAAUGACAAAUAAUCUUCUUAAUUGCAUCCAAACUAUGACAGUCUACGCAGACAAACCAAGGGACUUGAUACAGACUGAUUUUUACCAAUCUGAAGAGGUAAAUAGCCAGCUGGAUAGACCAACUGUCUCUGCAACAACAAAAUAUACACCUGACUCUACAUGUUUUACGGAACUGCAUGACUCUGUACAACCAGAUUUUGUGCAAUCAAGGGGGCAUUCCAAUUUCCAAACACCAUCUGUCAAACCGGAGGAGAUCUUGCAAACAGAACCAGCUCUGUUUACCAAACAAUAUCCAUCCUUGCUGGAAACAACAGUCCAGAGAGAUUGUCAUCGCAAUACAGAUACUGCUAAGGACCAAAUAUACAGCACACUAAACUAUGGGAAGAAAUCUUCAAGGCAGUUUUCAGGUUCCACCUGUUCCAAGCAGACAUCCCGUGUCCCAUCAGAGUGUUAUCCACCAAGGACAUUUGAGAGUCUCAACAGUGUCGCUGCAAUUAAGGUGGCUGUUGAAGCUCCAGCUGUGACAAUGCCGACACCAUGUCCGACUGUAACGGAGAAGUCAGUGGAAGUUGACGAGCCCACAGUGCUGUGGAGUGAAGCAUCAAAUCCUAAUUUGGAAGUUACUUCGGACAAGGAUGGCGUAAAACUACAUGAACAUGCUGGGCAAGACAUGCUGGUAGAUGGUUCCAUAAGCGAAGUGGCUUUACAUUCGGCCUCACAGUCCGAUGCAGAGGUUCAUGGCUGCAAGACAACAGACGAUACAGUGCAGUUUCAAGUGGAAGCCAAAGUUCCACUUCAGAAGUUUUCAGCUGUAUCAGAGGCUGACCAGACAAAGGCAGUCAUGGCCGGCUGCCCCAUUGCUCUGCAGUGUGAGCUGUCAGACCCCAGUGGACAAGUCACAUGGUAUAAAGAUGGAACACAGCUCCUACCUCAAGGUGGAAUAGACAUCCAGUCUAAGGACAACUUGAGAAAUCUAGUUAUUCCGACUGCCAAGGUGGUUGAUUCUGGCGUAUACUGUUGUGAGUCGAAGGAUGACAACAUCCAGUUCACUGUGGAAGUAAAAGUUCCACUUCAGAAGUUUUCAGCUGUGUCAGAGGCUGACCAGACAAAGACAGUCAUGGCCGGCUGCCCCAUUGCUCUGCAGUGUGAGCUGUCAGACCCCAGUGGACAAGUCACAUGGUACAAAGAUGGAACACAGCUUUUACCUCGAAGUGGAAUAGACAUCCAGUCAAAGGAAAACUUGAGAAGUCUAAUAAUUCCAUCUGCCAAGGUGGUUGAUUCUGGCAUGUACUGUUGUGAGUCGAAGGAUGACGACAUCCAGUUCACUGUGGAAGUAAAAGUUCCACUUCAGAAGUUUUCAGCUGUAUCAGCGGCUGACCAGACAAAGACAGUCAUGGCCGGCUGCCCCAUUGCUCUGCAGUGUGAGCUGUCAGACCCUAGUGGACAAGUCACAUGGUACAAAGAUGGAACACAGCUUUUACCUCGAAGUGGAAUAGACAUCCAGUCAAAGGAAAACUUGAGAAGUCUAAUUAUUCCAUCUGCCAAGGUGGCUGAUUCUGGCAUGUACUGUUGUGAGUCGAAGGAUGACAACAUCCAGUUCACUGUGGAAGUAAAAGUUCCACUUCAGAAGUUUUCAGCUGUAUCAGAGGCUGACCAGACAAAGGCAGUCAUGGCCGGCUGCCCCAUUGCUCUGCAGUGUGAGCUGUCAGACCCCAGUGGACAAGUCACAUGGUACAAAGAUGGAACACAGCUUUUACCUCGAAGUGGAAUAGACAUCCAGUCAAAGGAAAACUUGAGAAGUCUAAUUAUUCCAUCUGCCAAGGUGGCUGAUUCUGGCAUGUACUGUUGUGAGUCGAAAGAUGACAACAUCCAGUUCACUGUGGAAGUAAAAGUUCCACUUCAGAAGUUUUCAGCUGUAUCAGCGGCUGACCAGACAAAGACAGUCAUGGCCGGCUGCCCCAUUGCUCUGCAGUGUGAGCUGUCAGACCCUAGUGGACAAGUCACAUGGUACAAAGAUGGAUCACGACUCCUACCUCAAAGUGGAAUAGACAUCCAGUCAAAGGAAAACUUGAGAAGUCUAAUUAUUCCAUCUGCCAAGGUGGCUGAUUCUGGCAUGUACUGUUGUGAGUCGAAGGAUGACAACAUCCAGUUCACUGUGGAAGUAAAAGUUCCACUUCAGAAGUUUUCAGCUGUAUCAGAGGCUGACCAGACAAAGUCAGUCAUGGCCGGCUGCCCCAUUGCUCUACAGUGUGAGCUGUCAGACCCCAGUGGACAAGUCACAUGGUACAAAGAUGGAACACAGCUUUUACCUCGAAGUGGAAUAGACAUCCAGUCAAAGGAAAACUUGAGAAGUCUAAUUAUUCCAUCUGCCAAGGUGGCUGAUUCUGGCAUGUACUGUUGUGAGUCGAAGGAUGACAACAUCCAGUUCACUGUGGAAGUAAAAGUUCCACUUCAGAAGUUUUCAGCUGUAUCAAUGGCUGACCAGACAAAGGCAGUCAUGGCCGGCUGCCCCAUUGCUCUGCAGUGUGAGCUGUCAGACCCCAGUGGAAAAGUCACAUGGUAUAAAGAUGGAUCACAGCUCCUACCUCGAAGUGGAAUAGACAUCCAGUCAAAGGAAAACUUGAGAAUUCUAGUUAUUUCAUCUGCCAAGGUGACUGAUUCUGGCGUAUAUUGUUGUGAGUCGAAGGAUGACGACAUCCAGUUCACUGUGGAAGUAAAAGUUCCACUUCAGAAGUUUUCAGCUGUAUCAGAGGCUGACCGGACAAAGACAGUCAUGGCCGGCUGCCCCAUUGCUCUGCAGUGUGAGCUGUCAGACCCUAGUGGAAAAGUCACAUGGUACAAAGAUGGAUCACGGCUCCGACCUCAAAGUGGAAUUGACAUCCAGUCAAAGAAAAACUUGAGAAGUCUAGUUAUCCCAUCUGCCAAGGUGGCGGAUUCUGGCGAAUACCGUUGUGAGUCGAAGGAUGACGACAUCCAGUUCACUGUGCAAGUAAAAGUUCCACUUCGGAAGUUUUCAGCUGUAUCAAAAGCUGACCAGACAAAGGCAGUCAUGGCCGGCUGCCCCAUUGCUCUGCAGUGUGAGCUGUCAGACCCCAGUGGACAAGUCACACGGUUCAAAAAUGGAACACAGCUCUUACCUCAAAGUGGAAUAGCCAUCCAGUCAAAGGAAAACUUGAGGAAUCUAGUUAUCUCGUCUGCCAAGGUGGCUGAUUCUGGCGUAUUUUGUUGUGAGUCAAAGAAUGACAACGUCCAGUAUGCUGUGGAAGCAAAAGUUCCACUUCAGAAGUUUUCAGCCGUAUCAAAGGCUGACCAGACAAAGGCAGUCAUGGCCGGCUGCCCCAUUGCUCUGCAGUGUGAGCUGUCAGACCCCAGUGGACAAGUCACAUGGUAUAAAGAUGGAACACAGCUCCUACCUCAAGGUGGAAUAGACAUCCAGUCAAAGGAAGACUUGAGAAAUGUAGUUAUUCCAUCCGCCAAAGUGGUUGAUUCUGGCGUAUACCGUUGUGAGUCGAAGGAUGACGACAUCCAGUUCACUGUGGAAGUAAAAGCUCUUCCCACAAAGUUCUCAGAGGUCAAAGAGGCAGAAAGGAAUAAGACGUUUCAAGAAGGCAAUGCCAUUAUCCUCAACUGUGAGCUUGCCCAGGAUUCUGAUGCUAACGUUGACUGGUACAAGGAUGGGAUCAAACUACAACCACAAGAUAAUCUGGAGAUCCAGACAGAGGGUCGAAGACGAACACUUUUCAUCCCUUCAGCUGACAACACACAAAGUGGUGUUUACCACUGUGCAACAGCGAAUGAUACUGUUACAUUCAAAGUGGAUGUAAAAGGCCGACUGCCACAACUUACGCCAGUCCCGCAAUCAGAAAAAUACAGAAUGGUUGCAGUCGGUUUUCCAAUUAUCCUCCAAUGUGAGGUAUUGGAUCCUGGUGCCCAGGUUUCCUGGUUUAAAAAUGAUACAGAACUUUUUUGCAAAACGGGUCUUGACAUGAAAAGAGGUGGCAGCCUCAGAAAAUUGAUCAUUCAUUCAGCUAAGAUGUCAGACACGGGCCUCUACAGCUGUAAACUCGCUGAAGAUGUUGUUACAUUCCACGUGGAGAUCCAAGCUGCUCCUGUAAAGUUAGCAGCCAUUCCAGACAAAGAAAAAAACAAAUUGGUAGAGGCAGGCUGCCCGGUUAGGAUGCAGUGUGAAGUCUCAGAGCCAACUGCCCAGGUCCAGUGGCACAAGGAUGGAGAAGACCUGUCUCCAAAGAGUGAUUACGAACUCCAUAAAGAAGAAAAAUUGAGAGCAUUGGUUAUUAAAGCCGCAGAAGUCAGACAUGCUGGGGUUUACCGCUGUGAUUCUGCAGAUGAUCACAUAGAAUUCAAGGUGGAUGUCGCAGCUUUCCCGGAAGUUAAGGCAAGGCAUUCUGUUGAAGCAAGCAACCCAGACACAACCUAUUGUAUUGAAGCAGGCAACCCAGACACAACCCAUUGUGAGGUCUCAGACUCUAUGGGCAAGAAUUGCUUGGGUAAGAAUGGAAAAAAUCUCUUGACGCAAUCAGGAACAAAGAUCAAUUCUGAAGUCUGUACAACGACACCUGAUGUGGACUCAGCAGUCUCAUUGUCUGGGGAGAACAGUCGUAAAACUGAUGAUGGGUCACAUUCCAGCGCUUGCGAUACGCAGGUGGAAGCACCACCGUUGACAUUUGCAAACAUCCCGGAGGAGGAGCUUUUCAAGAGCGCUGUGGAAAAAUCCCAACUUGAUCUGUCAUGCCAGGUCUCACAGGUUGAUGGAGUUGUCAAGUGGUACAAAGAUGGAGCUGAAGUCCACUCAAACGACAAUAUAACAAUGCAAGCAGAAGGCACCCAAAGAACUCUCUCAAUCCUUUCAGCCCAACUCUCGGACUCGGGCACGUACACAUGUCGUGCAGGAGAUAACACAAUAAUGUUUAAGGUGAACAUACGAGAACCUCCGGUAAUGAUAAUUUACCCGAAGGAAGAUGUCCACCUUGACCGGCAUGUACCCGAGGAAAUUAUUCUCAGCUGUGAACUCUCGCGUUCGAAUGGCAUAGUGAGCUGGUACAAAGAUGGCCAAAAGCUCCAGGACAGCGAGAACAUUAAGCUAAAGAUAGAAGGUCCUUAUAGACGACUGAAGAUUCUGACAAGUGGAGUCGAGGAUUCUGGAGAAUACGUCUGCGAUACAGCGGAUGAUUCAAUAUUCUUUAACCUCGGUAUUACAGAACCUCCAGUACGGAUUGUGUCGCCGAGUCAGUCUCAAAUGGAACUGUGCCAACAAACAUCAGAGAGGAUGGUUCUGAGCUGUGAGAUCUCACGACCGCAUGCAGUGGUCCGUUGGUAUCGAGACGGACUUGAAGUAGAGGAGAGCGACAACCUCAUACUAGAGGUGGAUGGAGUCUACAGAAGGCUUAUUAUACCUGAAACAACUAUUAAAGAUUCUGCAGAAUAUGUCUGUGACACAAUAGAUGACUCCAUGACAUUCUUUGUAAAUAUAGCCGAGCCUCCUGUCCGCUUUGUUCGUCCACGAAAGACAUUGAGCAGGCUGGAAAAAGUGGUUGGAGAAACCUUGGUUUUGGACUGUGAGGUAUCCAGACCUAAUGCUGUAGUUUUCUGGAAGAAGAAUGGAGAAGAAGUGGAAGGUUUAGCAACUGUCACCAUAGUUGAAGAUGGUGUAUUGCGUCAAUUAAAAGUUCACUCACUAACACUAGAAGAUGCAGGAAUAUAUGUCUGUGAUGCAAAAGAUGAUGUCAUGGAUUUCCAUGUAAAAGUGCAAGAGUUGCCUGUAAGAAUUAUUGGAAAAACAGAAGCAAAAACCGAAAAGCAAUUUUUAGUGUCUGAUGACAUUAUUCUAGUAUGUGAACUAUCCAGGGCAAACGCAUCCGUCCGCUGGUACAAAAAUGAUCAGCCAAUUGAUGACAGUGAGCAAUACUGUAGUGAAGAGCAGGGUGUUUUCCGUUCAUUGGUAGUCCUAAACGCCUCGCUCGAUGAUUCAGGAGAGUACACUUGUGAUGCACUGGAUGAUAAAAUGGUGUUCCAUAUCACUGUUGCAGAGCCUCCAGCUAGGAUCAUUGGAAAUUCUGGCCACCCAGAGCAUCAUAUAUUACUUACAGGAGAAGAACUUAUUUUAGAGUGUGAGGUGUCUCGGCCCAACGCCACUGUUCAGUGGCUAUGGAAUGGCAAGAUAUUGAAACCAGACACUCGUGUCAAAAUUUACAGCCAUGACGUCAUGAGGAAGCUUGUUCUCUCUGGUCUUGAGCCAUCAGACUCUGGAAAAUAUGUUUGUGAUGCCAUAGAUGACAAACUGAUCACAAUUGUUAAGGUCCAAGAAGUACCGGUAAAGUUUGUGAAUAAAAAGGCAAAUAAUAAAAUCUUUGCCUAUGAAAAUGAGAGUACAACACUAUGCACUGUGGUGAACCAAGACAAAGCUAAUGUGCGGUGGCUGAAAGAUGGCCAACUACUGAACAAGGACAACAUUCACAUCUCCAGUGAGGGCAAUACCCACAAGCUCACUAUUAAUCCCCUGCAGCUGUCAGAUUCUGGAGACUAUGUCUGUGAUGCAAGCACAGAUGAGAUGUAUUUUAGUCUUUUUGUCAAAGAAAUGAAGGUGAAAUUUAUCCGACCGCUGGAGAACGUUGAGUGUUUGAAAGGCGGUAGCCUCACAUUACGAUGUGAGAUCAAUAAGCCAAAAGGAGAUGUCCAGUGGCUGAAGGAUGGCCAAGAAAUCUUGCCAAGUCCUCGUUACAGAAUAAGGGCACAAGGUCGGGAGCGAAGUUUUACUGUCCAUGAACUAUUGGAUGAUGACGCUGGUGAAUACGCCUGCGAAAGCACAGAUGACAGAACCUCAGCUGUUGUCUCGGUUAACACUCCCCGAGUUGUGGAAUUCAUAGGGGAACUUCACAGCGUUACUGUUUGUGAAGGAGAAGAUGCAGUAUUUAAGUGCAUGAUCUCACCAGAAGACGUUAAAUUGGUGUGGUGCCUGAAUGGCAAACAGGUAGCCAUGAAGGAGCGCACUGUUGUUUCCAGCAAUGGACUAUGCCACAUGCUCUGUAUCCAUAACUGCAUGGUUUCAGAUAGCGGCAUAGUGACAGCUGAUGCAGAGGGAUUGGUAUCAAAGGGCGAACUCCAGGUUCAAGAACAACAGGUGAUGUUCACCAAGAAAAUGGCACCGCUUACAUGCGAGGAAAACAGUGAGGCAACACUGGAAGUGGAGGUGAGCCUAGAUUCAAGUGAAGUGCAGUGGAUGAGGCAAGGAGUUCUGAUCCACCCGGGGCCCAAGUACACCCUGAAACACAAGGGCCCUAAGCACAGCCUCACUAUCCACAAACUCGCCAAGUCUGACCAGGGCACCUAUAGCUGUGAGACCCUUCAUGACCGCACGCAAGCCCAGCUCACUGUGGAACGUCGAAAAAUCACAAUCAAGAAAGGCUUGACUGACAUAAAAACCAUGGAGAGAGAAACCAUCUCCUUUGAAGUUGAACUGUCACAUCCCAGCGUGCCCAGCACCUGGUGGAGAAAUGGAAUCCAGCUUAAGCCAUCAAAUCACUUUCGAAUGAGCGCCAAGGGACAAGUCCACAGCUUGACUAUUUCAAACCUCUCAGUGGAAGACACUGCCACCUUCAUGUGCUGUGUGGAUAAUCUGAGGACAUCAGCAAAGCUUGUCGUCAAGGAGCAUCCAGUGACAAUUUUGAGAAAACUAGAGGACCAGAAAUUCCCUGCGGCAUCAACACUCUCCAUCGAGUGUGAGCUUUCAAGGCACAAUGUGGACGUGAAAUGGAUGAAGAACGGCAGCGAGGUGAAGCCCGGCAAAAACGUACGCAUUUAUUCAGUCGGACGGAAGCGAUUUCUUCAGAUUACAAAAUGCCAUGUCUGUGAUUCUGGCGUGUACACCUGUGACACCGGAGACGUGACGACAUGCUGCACAGUGGAAGUCUAUGAACGAGAGCUGGAGAUCCUGCAAGCCCUGGAGGACGUCAGCAUCCUGGAAGAUCAGAAUGCUGUAUUUGUAUGUGAGAUCUCACUGGAGGAUGUGCCGGGGGAAUGGUACAAGAACAGGGAGAUGAUACAACAAACUAGUACCAUCAAGAUCCGCCAGGAAGGGACCAAACACUUUCUCCUAAUGUGCAAUGUGCGGCCCGAGGACUGUGGUGAGAUUAAAUUUGUGGCCAGACAUGUGCACUCUGUGGCUCAGCUGAAAGUAACAGAGAUUCCCGUCAGCAUUGUGAAACCCCUGCAGGAUAAGACCGUUCCGGAGACGAGCCGAGUGGUCUUGGACUGCACCGUGUCCAACCCGAGAUGUAGUAUUCGAUGGUACAAAGGGAGUAACGUCAUCCUGCCUUCGGAACGCUUCGAGAUCAGCAGCGAGGGAGGCUAUCGCAAGCUAAUCAUCCAACAGGUGGCGGUAGCUGACGAAGGCACCUACAGUAUGCAGGUCGGGGAAUAUACAUGUUCUGCAAAACUUACCGUGGAACGUAAGACUAAUCAUGAUUAAUUGAUGUAUAUAUAUAUAUAUAUAUAUAUAUAUAUAUAUAUAUAUAUAUAUAUAUAUAUAUAUAUAUAUAUAUAUACAUACACAGUGUAACUGCACUAUAGAAUAAUGACAUAUGUCUGUAAUAUAUUUGUUUCUUUAUUUAGUUCCUUUAAAGAGUAUUUUUGGCAUUGUGUGGGUGUACCUACCGAAGGGGCCUGUGCAUGUUGAAAUAGUUGUUACUGUACUAUACUGGUGUACUCUGAAUUCCUCCAAAUAACACAGCAUUGCUUUCUCUGUUGAAGUAACACAUGAAAUAUGAAAAUAACGUGGUCAAAGUUAGAAAUCAGAGCCGUGUAGAGCGAGUAUGGUCAACUCAGAUUUAAAGUUAGUAGCUAACAUGACGCCUAUAGUCACAUUAGGGGCUUUUGGACCAAUCAUUUAGGAGAUCCUCUGACCAAACUCUCUAUGAUUGGUCAAAAGCUCUUCACGUGAGAACAGGACGCCAUGUUUGCUACCAACUUUGAAACUGGGACGAACAUACUGUUAGAAAUAACAUUGCCCCGCCUUCUUUAGACAUUUAACAUGAACUCAGUAGUUGUCUUAUAUACAUUGAUACAAAUAUGUGCAUACCGUAUAUAAAGAGCCUAACCGCCUUUUACACGGGCCACUAUGUCAUCGUGGAAGAAUUAAAUUGCAUUAUUAUAUUAUGAAGAGCCAAAUAUUUACACACAUUUCAGUACAAUGUUAAGUCGAAUGUAAAAUAUGUUGGCUUCACUGUAUUUUCUUUCAUUUCGUGGGCGGAUGGGAGUUUGGAACGUCCCCAAACGCUGAUACGCCAAUUUGGAGGAAGUGUAACAAGUGGUUUAUUGACAAAAAAUAAAUACUUUUUUUUAUACAA